GCCCAGAAACUGGGCCAUGCCCUUUGUGGGGACCUACCCACAACGUCUUCAGUCCCCCAGGGUCCCCUGGGAGCCGGACGCGAUCAGCCCUGCCGGGGUUCCCUGCGCCCCAGGCCGGGUCCCCCAGGGCUUUGGUCGUUCCCACAGCUGUCCCGGGGGCCCCCUCCACGGUGCGUUGCCUGGGCCCCAGCGGUCGCUGGGCUGCAGCCUGGGGCUCCUGGCACUGGAGGGGGUGGAGGCGGCAGUGUGGAUGGCGGAGCCCGGCUGCGCGGGGGCUCAGGCGCGUAGUGGGUACGGAGUAGGCGAAGCUCUGCGGCGCGGCACCGGCCGCCGGCGGGACCCGGGGCCACAGCGCAAUGGGCCGGGCCAGGAAGAAGCCCGCGCCCCGGGCCGCCUGGCUCGCCUGCGGGGCCAGCUCCGGGCGGAGGCGGCGGCGGCGGCGGAGCGAUCCGAAAUGCCGCGGCUGCUGAAGCUGGUGGAGCGCACGGGGGCCCAGGCGGCAGGCGCCGGCAAGAGGACCGGUGUGCACAGCCGCGACUCGGUAUGCUCGGUGUGUGGGGAGCCGCGCGGCGGGGCCACCUACCCGGCGGGGGUCCUGGAGGUGAGCGAGCGGCGGCUGCAGGAGGGCCUGGCGGCGGUGCGCACGGAACUGGGCGCCGGGAUCGAGGCGCUGCGCGCGGAGCUUCGAGCGGAGCUGGACGCCCUGCGCGCGCUGCUGCCUCCGCCACCGCCACCGCCACAGCCACCACCGCCUGCCCGACGCGAGCACCGCGCUGCGCCCCGCGGCCCCACCCUGCUGCGGACGCUUGGUACCGUGAGCGCCCUGAUCGCCACCUCCAGGCCCACCGACGACGCCCCGGACGGCCCAGCAGACAGCGGAGCGCACAGAGUCCCGGCCCGGAAGAACCACAAGAAGAUGCUGGUGCCGCCUGGGGCCCCGAAAGGUGGCGGAGACUGAGGGCGACAGCACAGAGGGCGGCCUAGGCAAGGAUCUCAGUGAGGAGGCAGGGUCUCCAUGCACUGGAACAGUGUCACCCACACAUAAGGCCACAGACCCCAGGGACACAGGGGUGGCUGAGACAGGCAGCUGGUGAUGUCCCUCAAGACGGUGUUAACCAGUAUGUAACCACAUUCCACAUGGCACCAACUGCACAGCAGCCUCCGGUCAGCCUCACUCUGACAGUGGCUCCCUCUCACUGGAGAGCGUCACCUGGACACAGAGCCUUACCUAGUCCGUGUCCCGUGGACCCAGCUUUGCUUUGGACAGUGACACCAAGAAUAUUCACCCCUUUACUUAGACCCACAGGCAGCCGCCUGGACACAAGCACCUCUCCAGAGUCACCCUCUAUGCAGACUCCACAGCCGAACUCCCAGGGAGGCUCUGGCGCAUAGUACACCAGGCAGCCCUCCACGGUGCCCAGCACCCACACAGCUAGGAUAGCCUGCAGCGGAACCUGGAGCCAGCGGCUUCUCAUCUCUUGGCCUUGGGCAAUGUAGCCUCCCCUGGAGCCUCGGUCCCUGCGGCAGCCCCUUCGACCCACCACCCCUGCUCUUCCCCCUCCCUAGCAACCCUAGCACCGGGCUCUGAUGGGCCUGGGGCUCAGCUUGUGAUUCUGUCAACCAUGGGUGGCCCUCCAUGUGAAAUAAACAAUGUGCAGG